AUGGGAAAGAGAAAUUUCAGAAGAGGUAGAAGUGAUAAGAAAAACUUUGGUAAGAGACCAGAAGCUAGUGGUGACGAUAGAGGUAGUAGCUGGACCGAAGCAGUUAGAGAAAGUGAAAAAUGGGAAAAGUAUUAUAAGGCUAUGAAUAUUAUUCCAGAAGAUGAAUGGGAUAGUUUCAAAAGUGCAUGUCAAGACAGUCUUCCUUUGACUUUCAGAAUUACAGGUUCCAGAGCCCAUGCCAAUGAAAUCAAAGAAAAAUUCAUCAACGAUCAUGUCUCAAAAUUAAGGGAUACAGAAUUUGAAGGCAUCAAAUUAACUCCAAAUACUUUAGCAUAUUAUCCUGAUGAUCUUGGAUGGCAAUUACAUGUUUCUAAAGGCGUAAUUAGAAAACAAAAAGAGUUUGCCAAAACUCAACGUUUCUUAGUCAUUGAAACUGAAGUAGGUAAUAUUUCAAGACAAGAAGCUGUAUCGAUGAUUCCACCAUUAUUAAUGGAUGUGAAACCACAUCAUGCUGUCUUAGAUAUGUGUGCAGCUCCAGGUUCUAAAACUGCCCAAUUAGUGGAAGCUUUACAUGCUGAUGACGAUAAGAAAUUAGCCACUGGGUUUGUCAUUGCCAAUGAUUCAGAUUAUAAAAGAUCUCAUAUGUUAGUCCAUCAAGUCAAAAGAUUAAAUUCUCCAAACUUCAUGGUUGUCAAUCAUGAUGCAACCCUUUUCCCAAGAAUUAAGUUGAAUAAUGCUACUGAAUUCUUAAAAUAUGAUAGAAUCUUAUGUGAUGUGCCAUGUUCAGGUGAUGGUACUAUGAGAAAAAAUGUUAAUGUAUGGAAAGAUUUCACCGUUGGUAAUGGUUUAGGAUUACAUCCAUUACAAAUUAACAUCUUGAAUAGAGGUUUACAAUUAUUAAAGAAAGGUGGAAGAUUAGUAUAUUCAACUUGUUCUAUGUCACCAGUAGAAAAUGAAGCUGUUGUUUCAGCAGCUUUAAGAAAAUGGGGAGACCAAAUUAAAUUAGUUGAUUGUGAUCAAGAAUUAAAAGGUUUAAUUAGACGCCAAGGUAUUAAUGAGUGGCAAGUGUUUGGAAAAGAUAUGGAAGUCAGAGAAAGAGGAGCAGAAGAUGUUCCAGAGACUGUUUUCCCUCCAUCAGAAGAAGAAGCUGCCAAAUUCAAUUUAAACCGUUGUAUUAGAGUCUAUCCUCAUUUACAAAAUACUGGUGGUUUCUUUAUUACCGUUUUUGAAAAGUUAGAUCCAGAAUCAGGUAAGAGAUCACUCGAUGAUGCCGCUGAAGAAAGUGUUGUAAAAAAGGUAAAGACUGAUAAUGUCUCCACCGAUGUUAAGCACAGACCUCAAAGAAAAGAAAAAUUACCAAGAGAUGCAAAUGAAGAACCUUUCAUCUUCUUAAACCCUGAACACCCAGAGCUUGAAAAAUGUUGGCCAUUUUAUGAUUUUAAGGAUUCAUUCCCUAAAGAUUCUACUUUAGUUAGAAAUGCCACUGGUGAACCAUUGAGGACUAUCUAUUAUGUUGCUCCAAUAAUAAAGGAAAUCUUAACUAUAGAGGAACAAAAACUUAAAGUUAUUCAAUCAGGUAUCAAAUUAUUUGUUGCUCAACGUAAUGAUGCUGGAAAUUGUCCAUGGAGAGUUCAAAAUGAAUCAUUACAUACCAUCAGAACAUUCUUAGGUGAGAAAAGACAAUUAACUUGUAACAUGAAGCUUUUAGAAGUUUUAUUCCAAGAAGCAUUUCCAAAGGUUAAUGAAAUCAGAGCAUCUGGAAUUGAUCCAGAAUUUUCACAAAGAUUAGAUACCAUGGAAGAAGGUUGUAUCUUUUUAACUGUGAAAAGGGAUAAUUUAGAAGAUUUAUUCUUACCAUUAUGGAAAGGAAAAUCUAAUGUAAAUUUAAUGGUCAAUAAGAAAGAUACUCACGAGUUACUUUAUAGAGUAUUUGAUAUUGAAACCUCAUCUAAGGAUCAAGGGAAAGAAGCUGUCUACCAAAAGAAGGUUGAAGCUGAAAAGAAAGCUAGAGAAUCUGUUGAACCUGAUUCUAGUGUUCAAGUUUCUGCUACUGAAAGUCCUGAAGCAUGA